AUGAAAUGAAACUUGGUAGGUCAUGAAAGAAAGCAAAGCGUAUUACUUUGCAUAGAUAUGCAUUAGUUGAUUGAAUAUGUGUUUUCGUUUGUCGUAAAUCAUGUCCAAGAGGACAGUUUUGCCUUUGCGUAUUAGAAGACGCUUAAUAUCCACCUUGAUGAGUAAUUAUCAAGAUUCAAAUCAAGAGCGGAGCUUUUCAUUAAAAAGCAAUGCAGAUUUUGCUUCGAGAUCUACUGGUGUUUUCGGAGAGCUUUCCGUUUUAGAGCAAAAUCACGAAACAUGGAUGUCACAGAAUGAAACUGUAGAAACCUUCGAAGAAACAACAGAUAAAGAUUUAGUAGAUUCUGAUGUGUUUAAAAAACCAACUGUAGCAAUUAAACGGCGGAAGCGUUGCGCUGCAUUAAGCCUGGAUAGAAAGCCGAAAUGGACAAAAUAUUCUUUAGAAGACAUUCCUUUAUCGUCUGAUGCAACAAACACCGCAGUAGCGAUGCAGUUUUUAAGUGAUUUGAGGAAAAAACGCGAAGAGAAAUGUGAAGAUGCUGAAACAGCUGGUAAAAUCGUGUUUAAAAAGCCCAAAAUGAGAAUGAAGACGAAAGUGGAAUGCAGUGCUGUGCACUUUGGCUCGAAUCCUAAAGCGAAUUUCAAAAACACAACAUCUGAGCAUAGCUGCCCUAGUGGCGAGAAAAAAUCUUCCAGUGAUACCAUUUGCUUGGGACAUUUGUUACAGGAUGAUAAUGAAUGAACAAUAAAUCAUCUUGUGGACACAGAAGAAGAAAGGUGUCAGAUUUAUGGCGAAUAAAUGAUCAAGAAAAACAUUUGAACUAAGCAGGUUUUUUUCGAUGUGUUCGGAGAUGACGUUUUUUCUUAGUUCUUGAAUGACUUAGUCGUAAUUGCAUACAAAAAAUUAAAGUAUCAUAGAAACUUUCUCCUUACAAUGCAUGUAAAUUAUAACAUAAAGAUUUGUGAAAUAUACACACACAGAUAUAAAUAUAGUAUGGUUAUAAAACUGGGGGAUAAUUGCCCCCGCUUAAUCCUCAAAAUGCAGGCCUGUAUAAAAUAAAGUCAGUUUUGUUUAAUUUA